AUGUUAAUCAUUAUAUUAGCUGCAGUACUAUGUCCAGUACUAUGCGUUGUCGACCAACAGUAUGCUAUGAAGUAUUUACACCGGUUCGGGUACGCAAAUGAAAAUGAUUUGACUAAACUUGAGGAUUAUUUGUUGAGUUUUCAAGAAAGAUAUAAUAUCCCUGCAACGGGAGAAUUAGAUGAAAAUACAAUUCAACUUCUAAAUAGACCAAGAUGUAAUGUGAGUGAAGCAGCUUCCGACGAUGAUCAUUCUUUUAGAGUUAAAUCAAAAUGGUCAAAAUUUGAUUUGAAAUGGUAUUUCCCUCAGGCAACUCCAGAAUAUCUUAAAGUAACCAAAAAGGCUUUUGAAGUGUGGAGUAACAGUUCAAAGUUUAAAUUUGAAUUAAUACACAAAAUACGGCCUUAUGCUCCCGAUAUAUCUAUUACAGUUGUACGGGGAAAGCACUAUUUUCGAGCAAAUUGCCAAGGUAGAGGUGAGUGCUCCGGUACAUUUGAUGGGCCCGGAAAGGUGUUGGCACAUGCUUAUUUCCCAAAAGGCAACAGUUGUAUAGAGCUUCAUAUUGAUGCUGAUGAGAAGUGGGAUUUAAGUUUGGAUGGAUCAAGUUCAGAAGAUCAGACUAGCCUACUUAUGGUAUUAAUUCAUGAAAUUGGGCAUAUUUUAGGAAUUGCUCACAGUGAUAUUGAGACAGCAAUAAUGUAUCCAUGGUAUCAAUUCAACAUUGCUCCUAAAUUGGAUGAGGAUGAUAAAAUGGCCCUUGAAGCUCUUUAUGGACCAAUCAAUACAUAUGUAAAUAAUCCUUUCAAACCAACAUCAGCGCUGCCACCGACUACAAAGACACUUGCACAUCAACCAAAUGAAUCGGAUAAAAAUUUAUGCGACAUAACACCGGAGUAUAUGUUCAUUGCCAUGGCUGAGAGAAAACCAAUAACAAAAAUACAAGAUCUACCUUUGAAUACUCUGAGGGCUAUAAAGAAGGCAAAAAUAGUCAAUUCCAAAUUCGGAGAAUCAGUUUUAUUGGAUUUAGAUACAGAAGUAGUGUUUUUACCGCAAAGAGUCACAAGUGUCUACAAACCAGUCAUUGAAGAAUUUGAAAAGGAAAAAUACGGAAUUAUAUUCAAGGGAUUAGUGGAUGUUGGAAAAAAUCAACGGCUAGCGUCAUUUGAAAUUGAGGAACUAUAG